AUGAGUGUUGCUGGCCUCAAAAGUUUGGCCGGAUUUGAAGCAUUGACAAGUGGUGUCAAGAAGUGUGUUGCAUGUAGCAAAUGCCAUGCCAUAUAUGAUAAUGAAGCCGCCCCUUUGUGUUGUAUAUCACCCAAUUUUGGUAAAACCUCCUUGUGUGGCAACAGCUUGUUUAAGUCUGAUCCCGGGUCAAAAGCACCCAAAAAGACAUAUGCUGUUGAGAAGGUAGUGUUGCCGCCCGAUUACAUGUCACUUGGGACAAAGAUUGCCAAGGGAUUUCCCUAUAUGAAGGCUGAUGAGUGGAAGUCUUGGUGCCUUGUGUACUCUCUUGUGGUUCUAAGGGAUGUGUUGCCGUUGCCAGAGUUCAAGAACUGGAUAGAAUUUAUUAACGCAUGCAGAUACUUCACCAAGCCUAGCGUUUCUGAAGAAGACAUUGAGAAAGGACACAAAUGCUUAGAAGAAUUCUGUAAAGGGUGUGAGACAUUGUACGACCUGGACCUUCUCUCUCCCAGCAUGCACCUGCAUCUGCACUUACGCCAAACAAUGAUUGACUUUGGGCCCGUUUAUGGCUAUUGGCUUUUCAGCUUUGAAAGGUACAAUAGUGUUCUGAAAAAUAUCAAAACCAAUCGAAGAAAUGGGUUCAAAUCGACAUUUAUGAGACAGUUUAUUGAAGAGUCAUGGAGGGGAGAUUAUGUUCGUCGACUUCUGAAACCUAUGCAUGCACUUGCAUCUUCACAGAAUCUUUCAAUGACAAUUCGUGGAAACGAGCCCCUGCCACCAUAUGCCUUGCCAUUGAAAACAAGACCAUUAUCAUUUAUGCCAAAACAUGAAUAUGAUUGUCUUGUAGGAUACUAUCAAGCUGCAUACAAGAAUCCACAGAUCUCAGGUUGCAAAAAUGUAAUUGAUGACUCACCUUUCGUCAAUGACUGGAUCGAAAUGGUGAAGUCCGUUGAUCUUCUUGGGCAAAGCUACAAAGGGUGCAUUGGCACGAAUGGCCAUGGAUCAUACAUACAAGCAUAUUUGACUGAACAAACUGGGUCGGAACAUGCGUAUGUUGGAGAGAUUCAGUACCUUUUUGUUCACAAUUUUAGGCCAACUGUUUCUUCUCUAACAUACGGAAAUUCCCAUAGUAGUCAGCAUGUAUUUGCAUUUGUCAAAUGGUUCAAAUCCACUUCGGACAAAACAAGAGAAUUAGAAGAAGUUGAGUUGUUACAGGAUGAAUUCUACAAGCAAGAUUUUCAAAGCAUUCUGCCAGUACAUCGGAUUCUCCUAACCGUUGCAAUAGUAGAUUACAAAACUACAAAAAAUGUCAACAAAAAACUCGCGAUUCCUUUACCAAAAAAAAAUUACUAUUAA